AUGGCAUCCAAGACAAAGCAGAUGAAACAAGACACCACGCGCACUGGGAAAAAUAACCAAGGAAUAAUAACCAAGAAUGGAGAUACAUCCAAAGGAAUAAGUGACAUGGAAAUACUUGUCAAAGAGAGGAAAUUGCACUUGCAGAAGGAAUACAAGAUUCUCACGGAACAUAUGAACACAUACAUGGGAAGAGUGGAGCAUUUCCUGCAGGAAAAUAAAUUCCUAGAAAAGGAAGCCCAACGGAAUCGGGAAGAGAGCAACGCUUACCUCUCUUACAUAACAAAACACAGCCAGAAGUGCCAGAAUCUGGUAAUAACAUUAAAUGACCAGAAUCACACUGAUCUGUCUCAAGUCUGGACACAGAAAGAGAAGCUAAUCUCACAGUAUACAGAAAAGGAGAAGGAGGUAAGGAGCUCUCUAAUGAAUAUGGAGACAAAGUACUCUAUUAUGAACAAGGAGGUUGAAGACCUGCAGCCUUUCAAAGAUCCAUCUGUUCAGUUGGAACAGAUGAAAAAGAUUAAAGAGCUGGAGAAAGAAUUGUUGGUCACAAAGAUACAGCAUUCAGAUGAAAUGCACAAAAUCAAGAGCAGAUUUCUGCAGGCCAAGGCCGACUGUGAGGUGGACUUUCAUCAGAAGAUCCAGGUUCUCACCAAGAGAGCAGAAGUAGCAGCAAUACAAUCUCUAAUUCAGCAUAUCAAACAAGUAAAAGCAGAGAAUUGGCAUCUGCGCCAGGAAUUGCUGAGACUCAUCCAAUACUCAAAAAUCCUUAAAGAAACCAAAGUUCAACUGAGAGAGCAGCAGCAGCAGCUUCUUCGGGAGAACCAGUACACUCAGGACAUGGCACACAUGCGCCACUGGUUACACCAACACAAGGCACACAAUGCAAAUGGCAAAACCUACAGCUGUUACAGCACAUUCAGAUGUGGCCAUUAA